UGGUGGGCGUGGCUAGGUGCCUUAUCCUCCAUUACAACAGUCUGAGGUCUAUCUUAGAGGCAUUUUUUAGCGAAAGGAAUCAGCUUUGGGAUUAGAACACAGGUCUGAUAUCUCCACCAGUCUAUGCCACCUCCAGACGUGCGCACCAGCUUGCCUGUCUUCUCUGUCCAUCUCCAUUGAGGCUUCCUGCCACGCUUAUUACGUAGCCCUAUCCUCCUCAUGGACUCUGACAGCUCCCAUUCCUCUCUCUAUAGAGGCUUAAGCUCAGCGUUCAGUUACUCAAUCCAACGAGCAGCAUCCUCUUUCUCUGCCUUUGUCUCUAGCUAGUAGACAUGGCAUGGACCCUUCUUAUCGUACGAGAAGCAGCCCCAGAACAUAAACUUAGAGUAUCCCUUCCACCUCUCACGGAUACAGCUCUUAACUACUCUCUCAUCUGCCUUUCUCCAGACUCUAUAGCCCCCACGUCGGUGGUUAAUUACUACCGACGUCUCGUCUGUCCAGAUAACAUUCUUCCAGUCCUCCAACGUCCAGUCCUUAUACUCUAAUGCCUACUUAAGACGAGCACUCCUCAUCUCCUGUGUCAACCCAGGCUUCCUCGUUAGCUUGGUCUUCCUGUAUCCUGCUGCUCUUAAUACCCUCUAGACGGUAGAGGCAGAGAUCUCGACUCCUUGGAGACUGAGCCCACUAGCAAGGUCAGCACAGCUCUUCUCUCGUCCAUAUCUAUCGUGUCGUACUUGUUGAAAUAUCUGCUCCUUCACCUCCUCUGCCUGCUUAGUAGGUCUACCAGUCUUUGGAGCAUCCUAAACGUGGUGUGGAAGGAUCUUAAUAGGAAGUUCGUUUGGCUCAAAGCCUGCAGCAAUAGCUCUACUAUAGAUACGAUCGACAGUACGAGGAUUAACACCAGUUAGCGCAGCAACUUGUGACGUAUUCUUGCCAAUAGGAGGUGACUUUAGCGCGAUUACUAAGGUACGGGUAUAUAUAUCAGUAUAAGGAGCCAU